CAGAGGCUCAGAGGACACAGCGGGGAAGGGGGGAUUCAGAGUCCCUCCAGAUCCAGGAAAGGGCGACAGCAUCCCCACCCCAACUCCGCGGGUUGCUUCUUAGGACCUAGAAAGUGGAACAGGGCAGCGGCUCUCCGUUUGAUUCUCCAGCCCACGGAAGAAGUCCCUCACCCCUGAAGGAGUCCGUUUUGAGGGGAGGGGGACUCUCCCAAAGGGGAGGAGACAACCCCAGAUUGGGUGAGGCUCCUCCCCUUCUCUCCAGGACUACUGCCAAGGCGUGGGGGAUCUGCCAUCUCCCGCAGGUAGGACCUCCUUCUCCUCCUCCUGCUGCUCCUCCUUCUCGGGGCACUCACCUCCCCACCCCAGCUUGGGGAAGUCGGCAAAGCCCACGAAGAACUGCUGAGGAUGGGGCCCUUGGCCUGCCCGUAAAGAGAGAUCCCCCUUCCGCCCCAGGCUCCAGUGCCAGGUGGUUCCCAUCCUUUGCCUGGAGAACCUCUGAGACAGAGCGGGGCAGCACCAUGGCUUCUGACCUGGAGAGCAGCCUCACCUCCAUAGACUGGCUUCCCCAGCUGACCCUUCGGGCUACCAUUGAGAAGCUGGGGGGAGCCUCACAAGCCGGGCCCCCUGGAGGGAGCCGCAAAUGCCCACCCGGUUCACCCACGGAUCCCAACGCCACCUUGAGCAAGGAUGAAGCAGCUGUCCACCAGGAUGGCAAGCCUCGAUACAGCUACGCCACACUUAUUACCUAUGCCAUCAACUCCUCUCCGGACAAGAAGAUGACCCUCAGUGAGAUUUACCGCUGGAUCUGUGAUAACUUCCCUUACUACAAGAACGCUGGCAUUGGCUGGAAGAACUCAAUUCGUCACAAUCUUUCUCUCAAUAAAUGUUUCCGAAAGGUGCCAAGACCGCGGGAUGACCCUGGGAAGGGCUCUUACUGGACAAUUGACACCUGUCCUGACAUCUCCCGUAAGAGGCGACACCCUCCAGAUGAUGAGCUGUCCCAGGACUCCCCAGAACAGGAAGCAAGUAAGAGCCCCCGAGGAGGUGUCCCAGGGAGUGGAGAAGCUGCCUUGUCUCCUGAAGGAAAUACUCAGAUGUCGAUGCCGAGUACCACCCCCAUUACUGGCUUCAAUCAGGGUUCGGGCCCCGUGGAUGGUGCAGGAGUUGCAGCUGGUGGUCCAGGAAGAGAUGGGGCUGAUGGGCCACCUCCCUUGUAUAAUACCAGCCAUGACUUCAAAUUUUCCUACUCGGAGAUAAACUUUCAGGAUCUGAGCUGGUCCUUUCGAAACCUCUACAAGUCCAUGCUAGAGAAAUCGUCCUCUUCCUCUUCCCCACAUGGUUUCUCCACUCUCCUGGGUGACAUGCAGCCUUCCAACCACAACUACUACAUGUACCAGCAGCCGCCGCAGCCGCCCCCGCAGCAGCAGCAGCCGCCCCCGCAGCCUCAGCCGCAGCCACCAGCACAAGGCCCUUCCUCCGUGGGGGGCACCCCUUCGCUGCACACCCCCAGCCCGGAGGGCUGCCCCCCGCCCGGAGGGAAGCAGCCCGGGGCCGACGGCUACGGGACCCCCUCGGUGAUGGCCAUGCACCCGCCCCCGCUGCAGCACGUCGGCUACCACCCCCAUCAGCAUCACCCGCCCCCGCCCCAGCAGCAGCCGCCGCCCCAGCAGCAGGCCCAGUCCCAAGCUUCUAUCAACAGUGCCGGCUUUGCAUUUCCCCCUGACUGGUGCUCCAACAUUGACUCCCUGAAGGAAAGCUUCAAGAUGGUUAAUCGGCUUAACUGGUCCAGCAUUGAGCAGUCCCAUUUUUCAGAAUUAAUGGAGAGCCUCCGGCAGGCAGAAAGAAAAAACUGGAGCCUGGACCAGCAUCACAUUGCUAAUCUCUGUGACUCCCUCAACCAAUUCCUUACCCAGACUGGUCAGCUGCCCCAUCCAGGGGGUCCCCACCAGCCACCACCCCCCACUAGAAUUGCUGACACCUGUGCCCUGACCAGUGGCAAGCAGGAGUCCACGAUAAACCAAGUGAACUCUUAUGGACACCCACAAGCACCUCAUCUCUACUCUGGCCCAUCACCCAUGUACCCAAUCCCUACCCAGGAUUCUCCAGGAUAUAACCGUCCAGCCCAUCAUUUGGUCCCCCGGCCACCCGUCCCACCUCCUGGUUCCAGCGAGGAGAUUCCUGAUGAUUUCGACUGGGACUUGAUCACUUAAUGUAUCACAGACUGAAGAACCCAGGGCCCGUGAUGGUGAAUCCUGGGAAAGGAGCUAGAGAUAACCCCAGUCCAGUUCCCCUUCCCCCAGCCUGUACAUAGAUAUAUAGAGAUAUAUAUAUCUAUUUCCUCUUUUUCUUUUUUUUUUUUCUCUUUGCCAGAGAAGCCACUGCAAGAUGCUGCCGAAGAUAACCCUGCCUUCCCUGUCUUUCUCCCCAUUCUUUUAUUAUUAUUGUUAUUAUUAUAUUAUUGUUAUUACUAAUAAUAUUAUUGAUUACUUUGCUGACCCCAGCCUCUGGCCCCUGGUGCCAUGGACCAUUGCCAUCUCCAGGUUGGGCAGCAGGGCUCUAAUAACCAGGGACUCCAGUCUCCAGGUCUUGGAGAGUCAGUGCUGAUCCCAUCUGUUAGCCCUGGGUCUGUUACUGCCCCCAUCUAACCGCAGUCCAGGGCCGGAGAGAGUAAGUGGAGGCAGGUCUAAAGGGCUCUGCCGGCAUCAUUGAUCCCAAAGGAGUCUCCAAGGUGGUGCUAUUUCCUCCCCCAUCCUGAAAUCCUUCUCAUCCCCCACUGAUGCUUACUAAGUCCAGGGCUUAAAAACCCCGGGGAAUAAGAAGCAGGGCAAGAAAAGGGCAGGUAGGGGAUGAUUGCUGACUGCAGUCCGGAAGGAGGGAUCUCAGGAGAUAAAUGGGGUUUGAUUAGAUAAGCGAAAUCCAUAGUGUUGUGAGACUCUUGUGGAGAGGUGGUGAUCAAUAAGUAUGUGUGGAAUUGCAUUGCACUGCCGUGGAAAUCAACCACUAUCAUGGCCCCCAGCCCAUGACUCUCGGAAUUGGGAUCGAUCUUAACUAAGGAGCUCAGCCCCUGCUCUUGUGGGGAGGGAAUGUCAUCAACCCUAACUCAAUUUUUAGGAAAGAGCUCCUAUUUAUCUUUUUUUCAAUCACACUUUAAAUCCACAUCUCAUUUAUAUAUGCAAAUUGCCAUCUUUAUACAUCUAUUUCCCACUCAACAGAUUGAAUAUUUUUGUCCAGUUUUUCAUACUGAUCUUCCCUUUUGUUCACUUAUCCCUUUGACCUCAGAAGGGAAAGAAUCUCCUGAGUACUAUGAGUAGCAGCAGAAUCAAACAGAUGGCAUCAAUGGGACAAAGGUUUGGGCUGAGUUGGAAGUACAACUGGGGAAUUCCUGGCCAUUUUAGUUGCAGAACCAAAUGUACAUUCUUUAUCUUACGUGGGGUUGAAGGUUUUCUCAUUGGGUUUUUGAAGAUCAGGGAGGCUUAAGAGAGAAAUACAAUGAAGAUGGCAAAAGAGAACAGGACUUAGUGAUAGCUUGUCUCCCUAAACAAUUAGAAGUCGAUAUAUAUUGACUAGCAUAGUAUUCUCUCUAUGUCCAGUGAAAAGUCUAUAUGGAGUGUUCAAUUCUGAACUUGAAAGAGAAAAACAAAUUCUCUUAUACCUCCACCCCAUAUAUUUUCACUUUUAAGAAGUAGAAAUGGGUGGAAAUAGGCUAAGGUCCUUUUCUAUUUCCUGAAAUUCCCAUGGGGCCUUCUAUUUCCCUGUUCUCAGGAUUUCCAAGUCAUCUGUUUCUACUCUGCUUUUUCCCUUCUUUCUUAGAAAGGACUUCAAUUGGCUGUACAUUAUUGCACAAUAGAAUUAAAAAUGAGAUUGAGGAAUAGGGACAGGAAAAACUUGUCACUUUUGGGAAGGAGCAUGUGUUCAGAGGGAAAUGGGGUGGAGGAUCAGUCUAUUGUGUGGUAAGGCAGUAAAAUCAAGGUAAAACUGGUGAAAUGUUUCUCAUUCUGGAGGGAGAACCUCUCCUACAAGUGGGGCAUAGUGUCUGCUUUUAACUCCAUUCAGGGAUCUGAGGAAGGGAGCUAACCCUUUUUUGUACUCAGCUUCUCCCACACAGAUCUCUGUGAAGAAGCAUUUUGCUGAUCAUAGCCUCUCCCUGUAAAUCCCUUUUCUUUUUAGAAAAAUGCAGCUUUUCUAAGAACGGACUUAUUUGCACAUGCAAGUGUGCUGCCUGAAAGCAAACCAUCUUACAGGAAUUGGGCAAACUUCAGGCUCUGAGCAGUCCUAGGGAUUGAGACUAGGAUCCUGGCAGGGAUUUGAGUCUCCUGGGUUCCCAGUUCCCAAUUCAGCCCUGUUCCAUUGCAUACAUAGGACAAGUCUCUUUCUAUACCUCAGUCCCACCCUACCUUCCCCAGCCCCUGGUGAAGAAAUGGAGAAAAUAGUACUCCUUUGUUGGUUCAAACUCCAACGUGUGCUGAAGAGGACUGUUUGCUGAAUGUGAAAUAUAGUUGUCAUUGUAUUGAGUGAUGUGUGAUAACAGGAGCUCACAGGGCAGAAAAAGAAAUGGAAGAGGGGACUGGAAAGUCGUGAGGAGGGAGCAGGGGUAGAUCCGCCCUUCCUUGGCUAGCUCCCUUUAAUCCUUAGGUAUCUGGUUAGGUGAUUCCCUUAUAACACUCAUGAUGCAUCCAUGUGGGCUGGAAAGGGGUGGGGGAAGAAUUGGGCCUCACAAAAAUUUUUUUGCAUGCUUUCUUAAUAAAACAAACAAACAAACAAGAA